AUGGUUGCAGACCAAAUGCACGGCUGGUCCACAAGAACGCUUCAAAACUCCUUCCCCCAUCCCGCGGCUGCAGAACUCGCCAGCAAAGCAAAGCCCGGCUCCGGUAACUUUGUGUGCACGGUGUGCCACAAGAUGUUCCCCCUGCAACGCAUACUGACUCGCCACAUGAAGUGCCAUAGUUUGGUGAAGAGACACCUUUGUCCUUUUUGUGGGAAAGGAUUUAAUGAUACUUUCGACCUGAAGAGACAUAUGCGAACACACACAGGUAUACGCCCCUACAAGUGUGAGCUUUGCGAAAAGGCCUUCACACAACGAUGCUCACUGGAGUCCCACCUGAGGAAGAUUCACGGCAUCUAUCAACAGUAUGCCUAUCGACAGAGGCGUUCCAAAAUCUUUGUGUGUGAAGAUUGUGGUUACACCGCAGUUUGUCCUGAUGAGUACUUUCUCCAUGUGAGACAAUGCCACCCUGGCAGCCCCGCCCUCCGCAGAUACUUUCGCCACAAAGCACAAAACAAUUGCAAUUUUGCAUCUGAUGAUGGUAAGGCCAGCCCAUAUUUGAUGUACCCAACUCCUGCAUUUUACAUGUAA